UUUGUGUUUGUCAAGGUAGUUUUGUUUACGCGUAAAUUUUCAUUCGGUAUCAACACAUCGUUCGUUUUGUGUGUGCUAAGAGGUAGAUGAAGGUGCGUAACAGUUUCCUUCGGGUUUCGUAUUAAAUUUAAAAGGAUUUAAGAUGUCUAGCAACCAUAAAGACAAGUAUGAAAACUCCAACCCACGUCGUACUCAUACUUUUAUGUCUACGGAGGAUGCAAACUCUGGAAAGAAAUCUUGUUGGCCAGAGUUGGAGAUAACAGGCAGUAUAAGAAAUUUAAGUCCAAAUUUGUGGCAAUUGACUCAUCUAACAGCUCUGUAUCUCAAUGAUAAUAGUUUACAAAGGAUACCACCUGAGAUCGGACGAUUAGUCAACUUACGUGCUUUAGAUCUCAGUAGCAAUAAAUUACGCAGUUUACCAGCAGAACUGGGGGAUCUCAUCUACCUCAGAGAAUUGUUGUUGAACCAAAAUUACCUUCGAGUGUUACCAUAUGAACUAGGGAAAUUGUUCCAAUUACAAGUGCUUGGACUUCAAGGUAAUCCACUCAGCAAGGAAAUAAUGGCAUUGUAUGGAGAACCAUCUGGGACUCACAAGCUGCUAUCAUAUAUGCUGGACAAUUUACAAGCCACUUCGUGUGAGAUAUCUCCCGGUAGAAUUCCCAAUGAUUAUCAAACACGCGUAAUGGCGGAUAUUGAUCGUUUCGUAUAUUCCAUACGAGAUUUUGCUAAUGUUUACAACUAUGGCGUUUAAUUACUUUCCACCAUUAAUUAUCCGACGCUACCACAUACCCGUGGAAGAAUAAUAGACGCGUGUAACGAGGAAAC